AUGCCGUCGAUUCUGAGCGACAGCCCGUACCAGCACCAGCCCAGCGUCAGUCCCUCGAAUUCCUUUGAUAUUUCGCACCGAAAAUCCUACGACAAGACCCCCCCAGUGGGCAACACCUUCCUCUACACGGCCGGCCCGAAUGGCGAUGCUCCAAACUUCUACCAGCAGGCUGACCACACCCAGUUCCUUACCAGUCUGAAGAAUGGGAGUGUCCAUUCGCUGAAUCCAGGCCGGUCGAGCAUUGGUUCUUAUACUCGGGAACGGCCCUUUUCGAAAACCGACAGCACGCCUUCGCUGGCCAGCGGCUCGUUCCGAGAAAACACGCGAGAUCAGCAGCAUCAUCAAUUGCCUAGUCGUGGAUCUUGGGCGAUGGUCGAUGGGUAUGUGAACGGGUCUGGAUCGGGGCCAGAGGCACCGCACCUGAACGGAACGACGGGCGAUUCGCGCUCGCCUAGUUUGCGGCCUGUCCAGAAUGGUGAUUAUUAUCGAUUAUCGACGAGCGAAGACCGCGGCUCGUUUUUGGAUUCGAGUCAAUCAACUUAUCAUACGGCGAAUAUUCCCCUCUCGACUUCUCUCCCUAAUGAUUAUUCCCUGUUCCCUCCUGAACCUGACCGACUUGCACCGCCGGGCAAGCGCUCGCAGCAUCGAUACUCGUCACCCCCACCCCCAACGGAUUUCGAACCAACGUCGCCGUCUUCGCCGUCGCGUCAGUCCCAGCGAAGCACCCUGCAAGUGCCGAGGUCGGCUGCUCGACGAAGUCGUGAUUUGUCGUUGGAAGAGACACGCGCCUAUUCUACCGGUACAGCUGGGUCUCAUUUUCGACGUAGCUCGUUGAGUCUGGUUCGACGAGCGACUCGCACUAGUACUGUUGAGCAUCCCGAUGAAGCACUGACAGACGAAGAUGCGGCUCGAUGGGCAGAAGCGAUCAAGCAGAAACGGGCUCGCAAGAAGCGGCGCGAGGAGGAAGACGAGGAUCGCGUUAUUGUUGGCACAAAGGUCGAUCAGAACCAUGUCAACUGGGUGACGGCGUAUAACAUGUUGACUGGUAUCCGAUUCGUGGUCUCGAGAAUCAACGCGAAAAUGGACCGGGAAUUGACGCCGGCAGAUUUUGAGGCGAAGCAUAAGUUUUCUUUUGAUAUUACUGGUAAAGAAUUGACACCGUCAGCAAAGUACGACUUCAAGUUCAAGGAUUACGCACCAUGGGUGUUCCGCAGAUUGCGUGCCAAGUUCAAGCUGGACCCUGCUGAUUACCUGAUGUCGUUGACGAGUAAAUAUAUUUUGUCCGAACUAGGGUCUCCCGGCAAGAGCGGCAGUUUCUUUUACUUUUCGCGAGACUACAAGUAUAUCAUCAAGACGAUCCACCACUCCGAACAUAAACUCCUGCGCAAGAUACUUCCAGAUUACUACAAGCAUGUGGAAAACAACCCCAACACGUUGAUAUCGCAGUUUUACGGGUUACAUCGCGUGAAAAUGGCCUAUGGCCGCAAGAUUCACUUCGUUGUCAUGAAUAACCUUUUCCCACCACACCGUGAUAUCCACCAGACAUUUGAUUUGAAAGGUUCGACUGUCGGUCGUGACUUACGCGAAGAAGAUUUAGAAAGGAACCCCCGCGCGACGAUGAAGGAUCUGAACUGGUUACGCAGAAACCGGCAUCUCGAAGAGGGGCCGAUGAAGAGGGAGAUCUUUAUGGCUCAACUCCGUAGAGACGUGUCGCUGCUGCAGCGACUGAAGAUUAUGGAUUACUCGUUAUUGGUUGGAAUACACGAUCUUGGACGUGGCAACGAAGAGAAGCUUCGCGACAAGACACUACAGGUCUUUCAGCCUGGCGGCGACCGAGACGACGAUCCCGGCACAAACUUGUUAAUACGUACGCCUUCGAAAUUGGAAAGCGCCCGCAAAGCUAGAGAAUUACGGUUAACGUUGAAACGAGAACGGCCGGUUCCGAUCCAGCAAACGGCGGCAAAGAUGCCUGAUGAGAUCCUUGAUGAGAGGAAAAACCUUGUGUUUUAUUCCGACGACGGCGGUUUUCGCGCGACGCAUGAGAACGGCCAAGCAGGAGAGGAAAUCUACUAUCUUGGAAUAAUCGACUGCUUGACACCGUACGGCAUCGUGAAAAAAGCGGAACAUUUCUGGAAAGGCCUUUCUCACAACCGGAAUCAAAUAUCCCCUAUUCCUCCGCAACAAUACGGCGAGCGAUUCAUCCAAUUCAUGGAGGGCAUCACCAUGUCGAAAGAAGAGGCCGAGCGCCUUCAACAGUCUCGCGCGAACGAAAUCACGUCGGAGGACACCACGCGCGUUAGCGAAGGAAUGCAGCGCGACUCCUCAGUUGAACAAACCAUGCAAGCCGCCGAAAACGAAGCUCGACAGAGCGGGCCAGAGCCGCACACGCGCACGCUGGCGACGAUGUGGGAUCCGCAUGAUAUUAAUAGCAUAGGCGGUCCGUCUACGCUACCGAUUGUUGACGAGGCCGGCGAGGCUGCGAGCCAGAAGAGCGGACGCAGUCGACGUGCUAGAUAUCCGCUUGACCCGACGGCGCAGGUUUCGGAGAAGACGGGGGAUAAUUCUCCUUCGCGGAAGUCACAUCUUUCUUGA